CAAGACCGGGAUUACAGGAGACCUAACCAAAUUAAACAAUCAACUCGUAAGAUAUUCGGCCGCCAGCUUAUGGCUUGUUUAAGAAGAAAUUAAGCCUUUAAAUCCUUCACUCCUUCUACUCGCAUUCCCUCGCCAGUUACUAGCUAAGGAACUCUUAGACCUUCUUUCAUCUAGCUAUUUGCACCAACCACCACCACAGCCAUGUCCAUAGCCGAGUACUUCAAGCUUUGCUGCCACUGCUUGUUCAAUAAUUUCCUUGCUAUUUCACUCGUGUCUAGUCUUAUGGCCGCCCUCAUCGAGGUGCUUGGUCUUGGUCCUGACGAGGUUCAAAAGCUCUGGACUUCAUUCCAGGCCUUUGAUGCCUUCUAUCUUCUCUUCUUCUGGCUUGCCUUCAUCGUCUUGGCUACCGUAUACUUCAUGUCAAGGCCCCGCCCCAUAUAUCUCGUAGACUUCGCAUGCUACAAGCCACCGGCAUCAUGCCGGUUCCCCUUCUCCAAGUUCAUGAAUCACUCGACGAAGAACGAGGUCUUCGAGCCCUCGAGCAUCGAGUUCCAACGCAAGAUCCUCGAGCGGUCGGGUCUCGGCGAAGAUACCUCCCUCCCCCCAGCCCACCAUGUCAUCCCCUUUACCCCCACCAUGGCCAAGUCGAGGGAGGAGUCCGAGCUGGUCCUCUUCUCCGUCGUCGAUUCGCUCUUCCGGAAGACCAAGGUCAAGCCCAGAGAUAUUGACAUACUCGUCGUGAACUGCAGCCUCUUCUCGCCGACCCCCUCCCUCUCGGCGAUGAUCGUGAACAAGUACAAGAUGCGAGGCAACAUCCGGAGCUUCAACCUCUCCGGCAUGGGAUGCAGCGCGGGGAUCAUCUCGAUCGAUCUUGCACGCGACGAGCUGCUGGUACACGCCAACUCCAACGCGCUCGUCGUGACGACGGAGAUCAUCACCGAGCAAUGGUACACCGGGAACCGGCGGUCGAUGCUGUUGGCCAACUGCCUCUUCCGCAUGGGCGGCGCGGCCGUGCUUCUCUCCAACAAGCGCCAGGAGAAACGGAAGGCAAAGUAUGAGCUCCUCCACGUGGUGCGCACGCACCAUGGAGCCGACGACCGGGCAUACCGGUGCGUCUACCAGGAGGAGGACGCCGAGAAGAAGAUCGGGGUGUCGCUGUCCAGGGAUCUCACGGCGAUCGCCGGGGCCGCAUUGAAGGCCAACAUCGCGGCGCUCGGUCCGCUCGUGCUGCCGCUCUCCGAACAGGUUCUGUUCUUCCUUAACACGCUCGGGCGGCGGUUCGCCAACCCGAAGUGGCGGCCGUACGUGCCGGACUUCAGGAAGGCCUUCGAUCACUUCUGCAUACAUGCUGGGGGGAAGGCGGUGAUCCUGGACAUGGGGACGAAACUCAGGCUGAGCGAGGAGCAGACGGAGGCGUCGAGGAUGACGCUGCACCGAUUCGGGAACACCUCGUCGAGCUCGCCGUGGUACGAGCUCGGCUACGUGGAGGCGAAGGGGAGGAUGAGGAAAGGAGACAGGGUGUGGCAGAUCGGGCUGGGGAGUGGGUUCAAGUGCAACAGCGCUGUUUGGCGCUGCCGCCGGUCGGUGGGGAGGGAGGAGGAGGAGGCGUGGGCCGACUGCAUCGACCAAUACCCGGUGCAAGUGGCGGAGAGGGACCUGCAACACUAGAAAUUUACCUCCGCCCUGCCCUCUACAAUAAGGUUUGGAUUAGAUUUAAUUAUGGAAUGGAGUGGAUUGUGGUGUGGUUGGUGAAUGAUGAUGCGGUGUGGGGUAGGGAGAGGCUUCGAUUGCAAUGAUUUCGUCCAAUAAAUAGUAGAAGUUGUGAUGCAAGUUAUUUCGAUAUACCUUUCUUAUUGCAUGCAUGGUAGUAUCGUACUUCAUUUGUUUAAGUUACGUAAUACUUGGAGUAGUUUAAUUCAUACAGGUUCUAGAAGAAAUUAAGGAAUUCCAAAGGGUGUAUGUGACUUCACUGCCAUAUGAAUGAUCAAUCUGUAUGAAAUAAAUUAUACUAAAGACAUUGCCACUUUAAUGCAAAAUGUGCUUCUAUUUUGACUGUC